AUGUUAUCCAGACAAUAUUCAGGAUUAGGCACUGGGGCAUUAUGUCGUUUGGAUUCAGAGGGUCUUGUAAAACUGCAACCAAUCUAUGCAUAUAUGGAUGGUGAAAAGUAUAAGAUUGCAAAUGGUUAUUUGAAAAUGGUGCCUGAUGAUAGUGGUACGAAUCGUCGAGCGUUCAUGAGUAAAUUAGCAGGAUACGAAGUUACAGUAGCAAGCUAUCUGGAAUCGUUUAUUGAUCGAUCAAAAAUUAAAUUCGAUCCAUUAUGCAACAAACCACUGAUUUAUACAUUAACGCGAGAAAAUGAUAUUACAGCAUCAACUUAUUUUUUCUCACCUUAUUUUAAAGAAAUUAUUGAAUCUUUUACUUUGUAUAAAGAACGUCUACAAGUCGAUACACAUUCCAUUUUGUGCAAUCCUCACAAGGAGCGUCCAAUCUAUAUGAAUAGUAAAGCUAAAGAUGCAUUUCUUCUUGAACAACAACAACUACGAAGUAGAGCAUCAAAAAAGCUCAGGGAUCAAUUAGGUGAACCACCAGUGGUCAACAGCAAGCUUCGUUCAGGCAGUCAUAGUAAAAACAAACAUACAACUGGAUAA